CACCAUGAAACCUCACAAGUAGAAGUCGUCAUGGCGCCAGAUUCUACUCUGGUCAGUGAGCCAUUUCCCAUCUCCCGCGUUGCGGGCAGAUAUCUACUCUUCGAUGUCGAUGUCAUGAUGCAUGCGCGCCGCGCUUACAACAUCUGUGGUGUUCACAUCGGCACCGUCCCGAACCUCAGCCAGCAAAAUGUCUUCCUAGGCAUUCCGCUUGAGCUACAGCCUGAAGAGGCGCGUGUCCUGGUAGAACAGGGUCAUGCAUACAUAGUCGAUGACGCUGAGGCGCAUCGCAAUGGUUUCAUUCAUAUGAGCAGGGAGGAGAGGCUAUCCUACGUAAAGGCCAUGGACGAGCAAGGCCUCGAACUCACGAAGGAGACAGUAAAGCGAGCGGAGGAGAGGUCGGACCAGGUUUUGCGAAACAAAGGACUCAAGGGUAAAGGCGCGAAGAACGACCCUUCGAGCGCCUCUACAGUUUCGGAUGACAAGUCGGAUAGAGCGGACGAGACACUGUUCGACUCUGCACCGGUUGAACCGGCGAGCGCACGGGCUUCGGCGAAGAAGCUCGAUCCUACCUAUGUCACACCCACCACCUCUUAUCCGCCUCUGAAAUCUCCUGGUGAUGCGGAGCAUAUCCUUCCGAAUGUUCCCAAAAGCUAUCCGCUUUUUCGCUACCUCCAUUCCCGCGGAUACUUCACCAUGCCUGGUCUUCGUUUUGGUUGCCAUUACUCUGUCUACCCAGGUGAUACCCUUCGUUUUCACAGCCAUUACUUGGCAACGGGAAUGGACUGGGAUGAGGAGUUUGAACUUCUCGACGUCAUUGGCGGCGGAAGAUUGGCCAACCGCGUGAAGAAGGCCUACCUGAUUGGAGGUGAGGAGAAAGGCACCGAGCAAGCUGACGAUGAUGGACAAGUGGAUGGCGUUACGAAUAUUGCGCCUGUCCGAGCAUUCUCCAUUGAGUGGGCCGGCUUAUAA